AUGGGAUGGGAAGUCUACUUCUUUCAAAUCAGGGUCGGUGUCGCCCCUCCACCCCGCCGUGGGGUGGCCGGCCUUUGUUCGGCGGCGGGAGCCAGCUGUGCGCCCCCGGAGGCCCCGCGGUGUUGCUCCCAGGCCGUGCGGACGGCGGGCGGCGGACGCGUGCCCACAGGCAGGCAUCCUGGCUGGGCAGUGGGGACCCGCUUUGCCCCCUCUGCGCUGCUCUGGUGGGGAGAUGUGGGCGAGUCCGGGAUACGGGGGCGCCUGGCUGUGAAGGAGUUGGCGGUGUUAGUGCUACACUGGACCAUCGCCACCCCGUGCUCACCCAAGCUGCGGUGGACACCUCUGCGAAUUCGCCCUGACCCACUGGGCAGAUCCCUCCCUGGUGCCACAGCAGCGGAGUGUGCAUCCAACCUGAAGAAGAUCUACACAGUACACACUGUGCAGAUAUUCUGGAGUGUGUACAAUAAUAUCCCUCCUGUGGCUAGCCUGCCUUUGAGAUGUAGUUAUCAUUUAAUGAGAGGAGAGAGGCGACCACUUUGGGAAGAAGAGAGUAAUGCAAAGGGUGGCGUAUGGAAAAUGAAAGUUCCUAAGAACAGCACGUCCACAGUUUGGAAGGAGUUGUUGUUAGCAACCAUCGGGGAGCAGUUCACAGACUGUGCUGCCACAGAUGACGACGUGAUAGGGCUGAGUGUCAGCAUUCGUGACCGCGAGGAUGUUGUCCAAGUCUGGAAUGUAAAUGCCUCUUUAGUGGGCGAAGCGACUGUUUUAGAAAAGAUCUAUGAACUUCUGCCCCACAUAUCGUUUAAAGCAGUAUUUUAUAAACCCCAUGAAGAGCAUCAUGCUUUUGAAGGUGGACGUGGAAAACACUAA